AUGCCGCAAUCUGGUGAGGCCCGCGUGGGCAACAGAGCAUCUUCUGCCACGGGAACAACCUUCCUGAUUAUGAUCCAAUUGGCGUCAAGGAUAUUUACCUUUGCCUCGAAUCAGUUGAUCUUACGAAGUCUCUCGCCAGUUAUUCUGGGGAUUGCCGCCCAGCUGGAGCUUUAUCAAGUAUCAAUCUUGUACUUUUCCCGAGAAAGUAUCCGCCUGGCCACCCAAAGACAACCCUUGACGACCCUUGAAUCCCCCGCCAGUAGCCAGGAUGGCAAAGAUAGCAACAAACCCUCUGAACAGAGUGACACCGUCAGUCAAGACCAGCAGUCAGUCCCAUUACAAUCUGUGAUCAAUGUGUCUUACCUGAGCCUAGCUCUCGGAAUUCUGUCCACAUUCGCGUUCACUGUGCUCUAUGAGCGCCUGGCCCCUGUGCAAGCUAUCGAAAUUCCUUUCUUCCAAGCAACUGUGAUCCUGACGGGACUGGCCGCACUGACGGAGCUAUGUGUCGAACCCUUCUUCGCUGUGGUUCAACAAAACAUGUGGUACGAGAAACGAGCGGCCGCUGAAAUGCCGGCUGCGUUCCUUCGGAGCCUCGUAACGUGCUUGCUAUUUUUAUAUGCGUCUCGCGUUGAUCGGCCCAUCGGUGCCUUGCCCUUUGCACUGGGCCAUCUGAGCUACUCCAUUUCUCUCGUCGGUGGCUAUUGCUGGUUCAUGCUUAAAACUGCGAGUGAUUAUCAAUUCUCCUUUCUUCCGACCAGGAUACGAUCUAGAAACUCUCCCAAUUACCUUCUUGGUCGGUUUUCCCGUCGAUUGGUAUCAAUCGCCGCGAGCGUUUUUUUCCAAUCUACGGUAAAACACCUCCUCACGCAAGGCGAUUCAAUGAUGCUCGCCGCCCUGUCAACUCUUGAAGAUCAAGGAAUCUAUUCUUUGGCGGCGAACUACGGCGGUCUUGUUGCCCGUAUCAUAUUUCAGCCUCUAGAGGAAAGCAGCCGGAAUCUACUCUCUACCUUACUCAGUUCCGACGACAACAGAAACCGAAAACACACACAAAUCUACGCGGCGAAAGAUUAUUUGGUUGAUAUUCUCCGUGCCUAUCAGUUUCUGUCUGUUCUCAUCUUUCCGCUCGGUCCUGUGAUGGUUCCAGUGGGACUUCGCAUAUUAGGAGGCCGGCAGUGGGCCUCUCCAAAAGUCGGCGACCUGUUAUCACUCUACUGCUAUUACAUCCCAUUCCUAGCCUUUAACGGGAUUACUGAGGCAUUUGUUUCCUCUACAGCUAAUGCAAGGGAGAUUCGAACUCAGGCUAUCUGGAUGGGUUUUUUCUCGGCCUGUUAUGCGUUAGCAGCCUACCUCUUUCUAGAAGUUUGGUCCAUGGGCGCCUACGGGCUCGUUCUUGCGAACAUUGUCAACAUGGCUGUUCGAACUCUGUGGAGCUUCUCCUUUAUCCAAACAUACCUUAUACAACAUGGUAGCAGCCUGUCUCUUAAUGAACUCAGCCUUCGGCCAAUUACCUAUGUUCUUGGUGGCAUCGCAACCAUAAUUUCAGCUACCCAGGCCUUGUCGGUAUCAGGCCAGGCCGUUAUCCCGGCAAUUGCCUUCAGUGGUGUCUAUGGCCUUUUACUGUGA